CCUCCCCUCCCCCCUCCCCCAGCCGCCUUGUGCAAAGAUGGCUGCACCGUGAGCGCCGCGGAGGAGGCGGCGGCGGCGGCGGCGGCGAGCGAGCGAGCACCCAGCGCCCGCACCCACCCCGGGGCCGCCCGGGACGCCCCCUCCCGAGCGGCGCGCCCCCCCUUCUCUCUCUUGCAAGCGCCGGGGCAAAGGCGGAGACAGCGGGGUCCCUCCCCCCCUUUCCCUCCAGGGGGAACCCCCUUCCCCCCUCCUUGGCUCGGCGGCUGCACCCCCUCCCUUGUCCGCCCCUCCGCCCCGUCCCCUCCCUCCCCUGCCCGGGCCCUUCCCGGGCCUUCGGCGGCGGCAGCAAAGGAAAAAAGAGAGAGAGAGGGAGGGAGCGAGAGGGAGAGGGAGCGAAGGGGGGAACGGCGGCAGCAGCGGAGGGAGCGGCGGCGGAGGAGAGCGCGCGCGCCCCCUCCCUCCCUCCCGCCCCCUCCCCCUCCCCCCAAUCUCCACCGCGGCCAAUUCAUGGACAGGAACUACCCCAGCGCCGGCUUCGGGGACCCGCUCGGCGCCGGGGCGGGAUGGAGUUACGAGAGGUCAGCUAAAGCCAGCUUGGUCUAUGGCAGCUCCCGGACCUCGCACCCCGAGACGGACAUCUUACAUCGCCAGGCCUACGGGGCCCCCCACCCACUGCAAAGCUAUGCCACCAACCACCACCCUGCAGGCCUCUCUGGACUCUUUGACACUGGCCUCCACCACGCAGGCUCCGCAGGGCCCGACGCCUCCGUCAUGAACCUCAUCUCGGCCCUGGAGUCCCGGGGCCCCCAGCCAGGCCCCUCUGCCUCCUCUCUCCUCUCCCAGUUCCGGAGUCCUUCCUGGCAAACAGCCAUGCACACGCCGGGCCCCACGGAGCUCUUCAUCUCGGGCGCCCUGCCGGGUUCCAGCACCUUCCCGUCCUCCUCGGCCCUGUCGGCCUACCAGCACCCGGCUUCCUUCGGCAGCCGCCCCUUCCCCGUGCCCUCGUCCCUCAGCCUCCAGGACCCCCCGUUCAGCCCGCCCGCCAACGGGCUCCUGUCCCCCCACGACGUGCUGCACCUGAAGCCCUCGCAGGCGCCCACGGUGCCCUCCUCGCUAGGCUUUGAGCGCCUGGCGGGGGGCGGUGUCUUGGGGCCCGCCGGUCUCGGCCCGGCCCAGACCCCCCCUUACCGCCCCGGCCCCCCAGACCCGCCGCCCCCUCCCCGGCACCUCCCGACCCAGUUCAACCUGCUGGCUUCCUCCUCGGCCGCCGCGGCCGCCGCCGCCGAGCAGUCCUCCCCGCAGCUCUACAACUUCUCGGGCGCCACCCCGGGGCCCCCCGAGCGGGCCCUGCCCCGCCAGGACACGGUCAUCAAGCACUACCAGCGGCCGGCCAGCGGCCAGCCCCCGCCGCCCCCGCCGUCCGCCCACGCCCUCCAGCACUACCUGAGCUGCGGGGGCAGCUACUCCUCCAUGGGCCACCGGGCCAACCUGGCCUGCAGCCCCCUGGGCGCCGGCGAGCCCUCCCCGGGCGCCGGGGAGCCCAGCAAGGCCGGGCCCAGCGGGGCCGGGGCCGGGGCGUCGGGCAGGGCCGCGGGCCCCGAGGCGGCCGGAGGAGGGGCGGCGGGGGGCGGCGCUGGAGGGUACCGCCCCAUCAUCCAGUCCCCCGGCUAUAAGACGGGCAAAGGCGGCUACGGGGCAGCCUCGGGGGCUGCCAGCAGGCCCCCGCCGCCCCGUUCGACGGCCACCCCCAAGUGCCAGAGCCUGGGGGGCCCGGCCUAUGCCACCGGGAAGUCCUCUGGGGCUGGCGGGGCGGGAGGCCAGGCCUAUUCCCCCGGCCAGCCCCAGGGGCUUCUCGGACCCCAGGCCUACGGGCAAGGGUUUGGAGGGGGUCAAGCCCAGGACUUGAGCAAAGGCCCUAGCUACUCGGGGGGCCCCCCUCAGCCCCCGAGCGGCCCCCAGCCUCCGGGCCUGGCCACGUGUCAGAGCUACUCCCCCGACCAGCUGCAGGGGCAGCUGUACGGGGUGCAGGGGGAGCCGUACCCGGGCCCGGCCGCCCACUCCCAGGGGCUGCCCACCGCCAGCCCCUCCCUCAGCUACAGCACCGGCCACUCCCCGGCGCUGUCGGGCCACGGCGGCGGCUGGGGCCCCGGCUCCCUGGGCGGCGGCGGCGAGGCCAGCCCGUCCCACAUCAUCCGGCCGCUGCAGUCGCCGCCGGCCUCCUCCGGGCGCCCGCCGGGGGUCGGCUCUCCGGGGGCCCCCGGCAAGUACCUGAGCUCCGUCCUGGCCUCGGCCUCGUUCCUGGCGCCCCCGGGAGCCGGCAGCUACGCGGCGGCCGGGGCGGGCGGCUACAAAGGCAAGGGGGACGGCUCCGAGCUGCUGGCGGGCCCCGGGGGCCCGCCCGCCGAGCGCACCGAGGACGAGGAGUUCCUCAUCCAGCACCUCCUGCAGGCGCCCAGCCCGCCGAGGACCUCAGGGGCCGACGGCCUGGUGGGCGAGGACGGGGCGGCCGACGCCUCCAAAGGACUCGGGGGCAGUGGCGGGGCCGGGGGUCCCCCGGGCGCGCCCUACGAGCUGGCCAAGGAGGACCCCCAGAGGUACCACCUGCAGAGCGUCAUCCGCACCAGCGCCAGCCUGGACGAGGGCGCCACGGCGGCCCUGGAGCUGGGCCUGGGGCGGCUGAAGGAGAAGAAGAAGGGGCCGGAGCGGGGCGGGGAGACCCCCGAGGGGCUGGCCACCUCGGUCGUCCACUACGGGGCCGGCGCCAAGGAGCUGGGGGCGUUUCUCCAGAAGAGCCCGCCGCCCCCGCCCCCGACGGCCCAGCCCGCCCCGCCCACCCCGCACGGCCUCCUCCUGGAGGCGGGAGGCCCCGACCUCCCCCUGGUGCUGCCGCCGCCUCCCCCGCAGCUGCUCCCGUCCGUCCUCAGCCACACCCCCAGCCCGUCCUCCAGCACCCCCAAAGUCGGAGUCCACCUCCUCGAACCGGCCGCCCGGGACGGGCCGCCCCAGCCGCCCCCGCCGCCGCCCCCUCCGCCGCCCAUGCCUCUGCAGCUCGAGGCUCAUCUGCGCAGCCACGGGCUGGAGCCCGGCGCGCCCAGCCCCCGCCUGCGGCCGGAGGAGGGCCUGGAGCCGCCGGGGACCAUGCAGGAGCUGCUGGGGGCCCUGGAGCCGCUGCCCCCCGGGCCCGGGGACGCGGGCGUGGGCCCGCCCAGCGGCGAGGGCAAGGACCCGGCGGGCGCCUACCGCAGCCCCAGCCCGCAGGGCCCCAAGGCGCCGCGCUUCGUGCCGCUCACCUCCAUCUGCUUCCCGGACUCGCUGCUGCAGGACGAGGAGCGCAGCUUCUUCCCCACCAUGGAGGAGAUGUUCGGCGGGGGCGCCGCCGACGACUACGGCAAGGCCGGGCCCCCCGAGGACGAGGGGGACCCCAAGGCGGGCGCCGGGCCCCCGCCGGGCCCCCCGGCCUACGACCCCUACGGGCCCUACUGCCCCGGCCGGGCGUCCGGAGCCGGACCCGAGGCGCCGGGCCUGGGCCUGGACCACGGCAAGCCGCCCGAGCUGCCGUCCACGGUCAACGCCGAGCCGCUCGGCCUGAUCCAGAGCGGCCCCCACCAGGGGGCGCCCCCGCCGCCGCCGCCGCCGCCGCCCGAGCCCAAGGGCGGCCUGACCUCGCCCAUCUUCUGCUCCACGAAGCCAAAGAAGCUGCUCAAGACGUCCUCCUUCCACCUGCUGCGGCGGCGCGACCCGCCCUUCCAGACGCCCAAGAAGCUGUACGCCCAGGAGUACGAGUUCGAGGCCGACGAGGACAAGGCCGACGUGCCGGCUGACAUCCGCCUCAACCCCCGGCGGCUGCCCGACCUGGUGUCCAGCUGCCGCUCCCGCCCGGCCCUGUCGCCGCUGGGGGACAUCGACUUCUGCCCGCCCAACCCCGGCCCCGACGGGCCCCGGCGCCGCGGCCGCAGGCCCACCAAGGCCAAGCGCGACGGCCCGCCCCGGCCCCGCGGGAGGCCCCGCAUCCGCCCGCUGGAGGCGCCGGCCGCCCCGGGGCCGGCCCUGUCCUCCGCGCCCGCCGACGGCGCCAAGAAGCCCCGCGGCCGGGGCCGCGGCCGGGGCAGGAAGGCCGAGGAAGCGGGGGCCCCCCGGCUGGAGCCGCUGAAGCCGCUGAAGAUCAAGCUGUCCGUGCCCAAGGCUGGUGAGGGUCUGGGGGCCCCGUCGGGGGACGCCCUGCCGGGCGCCGACCACAACAGCCUGGACUCGAGCCUGACGCGGGAGAAGAUCGAGGCUAAGAUCAAGGAGGUGGAGGAGAAGCAGCCGGAGAUGAAGUCCGGCUUCAUGGCCUCCUUCCUGGACUUCCUCAAGUCCGGCAAGCGCCACCCGCCGCUGUACCAGGCCAGCAUGACCCCGCCGCUCAGCCCCCCGAAGGGCGGGCCGCCCCCCGGGCCCCGGGGCCUGCAGCCGCCGCCCCCCGCCGGCCCCGCCGUGCCGCACCCGCCCGCGGGCGCCUUCGGGCUGGGGGGCGCCCUGGAGGCGGCCGAGAGCGAGGGGCUGGGGCUGGGCUGCCCCUCACCCUGCAAGCGGCUGGACGAGGAGCUGAAGCGCAAUCUGGAGACGCUGCCCUCCUUCUCCUCGGACGAGGAGGACUCCGUGGCCAAGAACCGGGACCUGCAGGAGAGCAUCUCCUCGGCCAUCUCCGCCCUGGACGACCCGCCCCUCGUGGGGCCCAAGGACUCCUCCCCUCCGGACGGGCUCCCCUUGGCGACCGAGGCUCCUGUCCCGGGGCCGCCCCCUCUCCCCGGGCUCCCCUGUGCCAGCAGCAAUGGCACGCCUGAGCCCCCGCUGCUGGAGGAGAAGCCGCCGCCCUCUCCGCCGCCCGCCCCAACGCCCCAGCCGCCGCCCCCGCCGCCGGCCCUGCCCUCGCCUCCCCCAUUGGUGGCUCCGGCUCCGGUUCCAGCUCCGGUUCCAGCUCCUCCGGCUCCGGCUCCGGCUCCAUCACCGGCUCCCAUGCCCGCUCCGGCUCCGGCUCCGGCUCCGGCUCCGGCUCCAGGGCCUCUGGCUCCCGCUCCCGCCCCGGCCCCGGCCCCGGCCCCGGCCCCGGCCCCGGCCCCCGCACCCAGCUCGCCUCAUCCGCCGCCGCCUCCGCCGCCGCCCGCCCUGCCCUCGCCCCCCGCCCCGCCGCCCCCGGCCGCCCCGCCCGAGGAGCCCGCGCCGUCGCCCGAGGAGCCGGAGCCGCCGGACGCGCGGCCGCUGCACCUGGCGCAGAAGCAGGCGGGCGCGGCGCUGUGCGGGGACACGGACGACGAGGCGGGCGAGAGCGGCGGCGAGGGCAUCUUCCGCGAGCGCGACGAGUUCGUCAUCCGCGCCGAGGACGUCCCCUCCCUCAAGCUGGCGCUGCAGACGGGCCGGGAGCCGCCGCCCAUCUGGCGGGUGCAGAAGGCGCUGCUGCAGAAGUUCACGCCGGAGAUCAAGGACGGGCAGCGGCAGUUCUGCGCCACCAGCAACUACCUGGGAUAUUUCGGGGACGCCAAAAACCGGUACCAGCGCCUCUACGUGAAGUUCCUGGAGAACGUCAACAAGAAGGACUACGUGCGGGUCUGCGCGCGGAAGCCCUGGCACCGGCCCCCGGCGCCCGUCAGGCGCUCGGGGCAGGCCAAGGGCCCGGCCUCUGCAGGGGGCAGCUCGGCCCCCGCCCCCAAGGCCCCGGGGCCGCCUCCUAAGCCCGAGACCCCCGACAAGACGGCAUCGGAGAAGCCCCCGGAGCAGCCCCCCGAGACGGCCGCGCCCGAGCCCCCGGCCCCCGAGGGGGCGUCCCCGCCUCCGCCUGCGGAGAAGGAGAAGGAGCAGGAGAAGGAGCAGGAGAAGGAGCAGGAGAAGGAGAAGGAGAAGGAGCAGGAGAAGGAGAAGGAGAAGGAGAAGGAGCGGGGGGCCCGGGGGGACCGGCUGCUGCGCGGGGAGCGGGGCCCGGGCGGCCGGCAGGCGCGGCCGGAGCGGGGCCUCGCGGGGCAGCCCGCCGCCCGGCUGCCCAAGACCCGGCCGGCCAAGGUGAAGGCCGAGCCGCCCCCCAAGAAGAGGAAGAAGUGGCUGAAGGAGGCGGCGGGCAGCGCGGCCGGCGGGGGCGCGGCCGGCAGCUCCUCGGACUCGGAGCCGUCCCCCGGAGUGGCCAGCGAGGACGAGCGGGCGGUGCCCGGGCGGCUGCUGAAGACGCGGGCCAUGCGGGAGAUGUACCGGAGCUACGUGGAGAUGCUGGUGAGCACCGCGCUGGACCCGGACAUGAUCCAGGCGCUGGAGGACACGCACGACGAGCUGUACCUCCCGCCCAUGCGCAAGAUCGACGGCCUCCUGAACGAGCACAAGAAGAAGGUCCUGAAGCGGCUGUCGCUGAGCCCGGCCCUGCAGGACGCCCUGCACACGUUCCCGCAGCUGCAGGUGGAGCAGAGCGCGGAGGGCUCCCCCGAGGACGGGGCGGUGCGGCUGCGGCCGGCCGGGGAGCCCUACAACCGCAAGACGCUCAGCAAGCUCAAGAGGAGCGCCGUCCGGGCCCAGGAGUUCAAGGUGGAGCUGGACAAGUCGGGGUACUACACGCUCUACCACUCCCUCCACCAUUACAAGUACCACACCUUCCUGCGCUGCCGGGACCAGACGCUGGCCAUCGAGGGCGGCGCGGAGGACCUGGGCCAGGAGGAGGUGGUCCAGCAGUGCAUGCGGAACCAGCCGUGGCUGGAGCAGCUGUUCGACUCCUUCAGCGACCUGCUGGCCCAGGCCCAGGCCCACAGCCGCUGCGGGUGACCCCGCCCGCCUGGAACCGCGGAUUGGGACAGAACUGUGUCUCCAGGCCUGACUCGAGGCCCUGUCGCCAGGGAACUGGGGAGGGUCACUGGUCAGGGUGUGUCCGUGCUGGCCCUCCGGAGCAGGGUUCAGAGUUCAACUCCCCUCCCUCCCCAGCCCUCCCGCUGUCCGGUGUACAGAGAAAUUAUUUAUAUAUAUGUAUAAAUGUCUAUUUAGUAACGGUUCCCCCUCCUCCGUGCCCCAUCUCCCCCCCUCCAUGGCCAUAGCCCUCACCCCCUCCACCUUGUACAUAAUGUAUAGGAAAAAUCUAUGUAUGGUUGAGGGGGGUGGGGCUGCUUUUGAGAGCUGGGGGACCCACUGACCCCCCCCCCUAACCCCCCUGUUACAGGCCAAGAUCUUUGCUAAAAGGCCAUUCCCUCCCCCAGGGCUUCCGGUGGGAGGGGGAAACGCAUCUUGUUAAUUAUUUUUAAUCUUAUUUAUUGUACAUACCUGGGGCGGGGGGCGGGGGAGGUGGAGGGGGGAGACGGGUCCCCUCCUUUGGCCCCUCCCAUUCCUUUUCUACUGCGAUUUGUCUGUGUCUCUCCCCACCCUCCCCCCCAACACACCACCCCCAUCCCAUUGUUGUCUGGAUGUGGUUCUAUUUUUUAUCGGUCUCCCCUCCCCGCUGCUCCCCUCUCUCUAACCCCCUCUGCUCCCACCUCCCCCCUCGCCCCUCCACCCGUUGUCUCUUGCUCUUUCUUGGGCUUCUGUACGACUCAACUUGUAUACACUGUGUACACACAACCAGCCAAACGAAAACCCAACGGCAAACACUCGACCGUCGGCUGGCGUGGCUCUGUCCUGCGACGUGUGGGCGGGCCGGGGGUGGGGGGGUCCCCCGAGGGUCUGGGAAUGGAUGUGGCCUUUCUGGAGCCCUGGGUGGUGGUCGCACCGCGGACCAUGUAUCGGUUAUGUCUCGCUGUGUAACAAGCAGCCCGCCCCAGAAUUUAGUGGCUUGAAACAA